UUAAAAGACUUUAUGGCAUAUACGACAGGGUCCAAAGUCCGACGAAGUUUUAGCCGAUAAGGGGAGCCAAUAAAAGCAGCAGGGUAAACACGUCGAGCUGCGCCCGGAGCGGCCCUCGUCCUGCGGAUUUACAUAAGGCCCCGUCAGCCGGCCCACUCAUUACCAUGUUUUAUAUGCCCCCGCUCCCUGGAAGCAUCAUGGCAAAGUAGCUCCAUCCUCCCCUCCGACAGGGAAGCCAAGCCCUCCUUUUUUUCCUCGGAGCAGGUGUCACCGAGCGGAAACUUCCCACAGGACCGGCCCGGAGAGCACCGGAGAGCACCGGAGAGGACCGGAGAGGACCGGAGGCCCACCUUUCAGUGUUCAGGCUCUCCCCCCCCCCCACCCCAACACACACUUCUCCAUCCUCCCUGUCCCCGUGCAGCCGGCGCGCGCGCGGCAGGGCCCGUGCUUGUUUUUUUGAUGUUCUCGAAGAUGGUCUCCAAGCUGACGUCCCUGCAGCAGGAGCUGCUCAGCGCCCUGCUGGACUCCGGGCUGACCAGAGACGUCCUCAUCCAGGCCCUGGACGACAUGGACCCCAGCCCGUCGGGCUACGGAGUUAAAAUGGAGAGCCUGCCCCUGUCCCCCGCGGCCCCCCAGAACGGCAAGUCCGCGGCCGCCGGCCCGGACCCGGACUCCAAGCCCGUCUUCCACACGCUCACCAACGGCCACGGCAAGGCCAAGCUGUCCGGGGACGAGGGCUCCGAGGACGGGGACGACUACGACACCCCGCCGAUCCUCAAGGAGCUCCAGUCGCUCAACACGGAGGAGGCCGCGGAGCAGCGGGCGGAGGUGGAGCGCAUGCUGGCAGAGGAUCCGUGGCGGGCGGCCCGCAUGAUCAAAGGUUACAUGCAGCAGCACAACAUCCCCCAGCGGGAGGUGGUGGACAUCACGGGGCUCAACCAGUCUCACCUCUCCCAGCACCUCAACAAGGGCACGCCCAUGAAAACCCAGAAGCGAGCGGCCCUCUACACCUGGUAUGUCAGGAAGCAGCGGGAAAUUCUCAGACAGUUCAACCAGGCAGCGCAUGGACCUGGGGGCAGUAUGUCUGACAAAGGCAACCAGGACCCGGCCUUUUUUUUCCCAGAGUUCAACCCGUCCGGCCACAGCAUGGGUCAGCCCGGCGACGACGUGGGCACCGAGCCCUCCUGUAAGAAAAUGAGACGCAACCGCUUCAAGUGGGGGCCCGCCUCGCAGCAGAUCCUCUACCAGGCCUACGAACGGCAGAAGAAUCCCAGCAAGGAAGAACGGGAGGCGCUGGUGGAGGAAUGCAACCGAGCCGAGUGUCUUCAGAGAGGGGUCUCCCCCUCCAAAGCUCAGGGCCUGGGGUCCAACCUGGUCACGGAGGUGCGGGUUUAUAACUGGUUUGCCAACCGGCGCAAAGAGGAAGCCUUCAGGCAGAAGCUGGCCAUGGACGCCAUCACGGCUCCCACACAUGGCCUCAACCCACUGCUGUCCCACAGCUCGCCGCAUCACCAGACCAGCGCCUCGCCUCCCAUGCGCUACAGCCAGGGCGAGGUCUCUUCGUCCAGUGCCAUCAGUCACCACAGCAACGCCAUGGCGACCAGCCAGUCGGUCCUCCAGCAGGUGUCUCCGGGAGGACUGGACCACAGCCACAGCCUCCUGUCACCCGAUGCCAAGAUGAUUUCUGGUUCAGGUGGAGGACUUCCUCCAGUCAGCACGUUGACAAACAUUCACAGUUCCCAUCACAGCCACCAGCAGACACAGAACCUCAUCAUGCCUCUGUCUGGAGUCAUGGCCAUAGCACAGAGUUUAAACACAUCGCAGUCUCAGACGGUGCCAGUGAUCAACAGUGUGGCGGGCAGUCUGGCGGCACUGCAGCCCGUGCAGUUUUCCCAGCAGCUCCACAGCCCCCACCAGCAGAGCCUGAUGCAGCAGUCUCCCAGCCACAUGAGCCAGCAGCCGUUCAUGGCCACAGUAACACACUCGCACAUGUAUUCCCACAAACAAGAGCCCCCACAGUACUCCCACCCAUCACGCUUCCCUUCGGCCAUGGUGGUCACAGACGCCAACAGCAUCAGCACCCUCAGCUCCAUGUCCUCCAGCAAGACGGACCCUCCCGUAAACAAGAUGGUGCAACUUGGGAGUCUCUCCUGGUGUCCCCUCCAGGCUUGGUGAGAGCGUCCACCUGACUUCCUUGCAACCCGGCAACGAGAGCACAUUUUUCCACCCUCUCACCGCUGUAACCAUGACAACGCUUAAUACCCCGCAACGGUGUGCUGGAUGACGCGUCGGUCAACAAACUCAGCGACAACAGUGGGCAAGGUGGUGGAAAUGAGAAAUGGGGACAGAGGAGAGAGAAAGAAAAAAAGAGUCUGGAUUCACCUCUGUGGACACCCGAAUGAUCAACAAGGAUGUUUGAUUUUUAACGCAGUCUUUGAAAACAGUGUUCGGUUUUUCAUGCCCCCCCCUCUAAAAGUUAUCAUCUGUUGUCACAUAACAGAGGAACAAAAGCACCCAAAUUUACUUUGUGGACCUAAAUGAAGGCUCUGAGAUGACCCUACCGGUCAUUUAAUGUGGACAUAUGAGGACACUGUGAGGGACACAGAGACAGAGAUGGACCUGUGUGGGGGGACACCAGGCCCGUGUGACAAUCACAAUAGCCUGUUUUGAUCUUGUGUAUUCAUUCCUCACUGGGCUUUAAAGGAGUCUUCCAUUUUAUUCCUUGCACUCGGUUUACCGUACUUGCAUCAGUGCGAAUGUUGUUUCAUGCUGUUCAAUGUGUAUACUGUGAUUGAAAAGACUUUGACAAUCUUGAAAGGACUAUGCAACGCGGCUUUAGGUGUGAGCAAUGCUUUGUAUAACUGGAUUCUGCACAAAACUCCACAAGCUUGAGGCUGGAAAUCAAUCUGCGGCUGCCUGUAAAAUAACACAAUAGCAGAUGGAUGUAUGAUAGAAAUUGACCAAAAAUGUUAAGGAGCACAAGAUAUACGUAGAUACUGGCCAUAAGCUGUCUUCUGUAUCUAGAAACCUAUUUUUGCCCUUACUGGAAGGGCGCUGACUCAUGUUCAAUGCGGCCCAUCCCUUCUAUGGAAAUUUCUGUUUGCACACAGGUUCAGGUGAAUUUUUGGAAUGGGACUCACCCUCCCUUAAUCUCUCCCACUGACUGCCACAAUGUGAAAUAGGACAAAUAUUUUCAAUAACUCCUCAUCGUAAAUCAAAGCGCAGGAUCUCCCCCCCCUGUAGAAUUAAAACUUGGUCAAGUAUUCAGAAAACCAACAAACAUGAAAGGGGACAGUGUUGUGACAUCGUACAGGAAUCCAGAGCUGCGUGCUCCAGCUCCAAAUUUACCGUCAACACUUUUCCUAUAACUCCCAAAGAGACAAGAUAGUAAUGUGGACCAUCAGCUUGCAGAUCCAGGCUCCUCUUCAAUAUUAGGUCAUUAUGUUAUUUUUAAGUGGUUGGUUUGUGACUGUUAUUGGCAUAUCUGCUGCCAUCUGAUCAGAGGGCGCUCGUACCUGUGUGAUAAGAGAUGAUUUUUUUUCCUCCUAAUGUAUUAUUUUUGUAUAAAAUUUAAAUCAAUCAUAAAUCAUUAUUUAUACUUUCUGAGAAAAAUAUUGGUAUUUCAAGUAAAAUGUUUUUUUCCCAAA